CUCAGCUGAUGCUUUAUUAUGGUGAUUUUUGGAUUACAAAGGUUAUUAAUACUAAUUUUCUCUUUUUUAUUAUUUUUUUUUCAAUUUUCUUUAGGAAUUUACUCAGUGAAAAGCAUCGAUUCUGGUGUCGAGUUUGGAUCUGCUGCCAGCCGAUCAAAUACACCGUCACCACCGACGAUUAACGAAGAGCGAUCCACUGCCGCUUCGCCAAUUGCCAUCGAGAUUAACAAUAACCAUGUUGAAACUAUUAAAGGAAAUAUAAAUAAUAAUGAUUCGAAUGUUAAUAAUAAUCAAAUUAAUGGAUUAACUAUUAUUCAUAAGGAUGAAGGAAUCGAUAUGGAUGAAACAAUUGAUUUUAUUAUUGAUGAUCCAAUACAAACAAUUGCUGAGAAGGCACGACGAAUUGUAUUCAAAUGUACUUGGCGUGGAUGUGGCGUUCGAUGUGAUCUAAUUGAAUCAAUUGAAAAGCACAUUAGAACCAUUCACCUUGGACGAAGUGAAAACGCCAGUGAAGAGGAAAAUGAUCAUGAGGAGGAAUUUUAUUACGCCGAAAUUGAAGAGGAAAUGGAAACUGAGAAUAUAAUUAUUAGUAGUAAAGAUAGUUCAUCUUCUAAUGAUAGUAGCCUGGGUCUAUUGUCUCCAGUCUUGAGUUCAUCAGAGUCACCUCACAGUACAAAUUACAAUUUAAGUCCGACACUCAGUUCGGCCUCCUCCCUCCUUUUCUUUGCUCCCUCACCCACUUGGAGUCAUCUUGAUAUGGCACGACCUCCACACGAGGAUCCUGAAUAUCAAGCGCAACAAAAACAAUUACAAUUACAGUUACAAUUGCAACAACAACAACAACAGCAACAAAUUCAAAUACAAAACCAACAAGUGCAAAACUUUAAUCAACAGCAACAGCAACAAAAACCAUCACCAUCAUCAUCAUCAUCAUCUUCAUUGGUGACCCAAACUAUUGCCAGUGCCCAAUUAAAACCGGAACCGGAAAGAAAGACAGUGAUAUCAAGCCCGAUCAACAUUCCCGGUAUAUCGGUUGCCCAUCGAUGGUCAACAAAAAUGCGUGAUUCUUCAUCAUCAUAUUCUCCUUUCUCUGCUACUAGUUGCAAUUCUAGUUACUCAUUUUCAAACUCCCACCAUCAUCAUCAUCACCACUUUAACCAUCACCAUCACCAUCAGCAUCAAUCUCAAGCAUCUCUCCUUGCCUCAAGUUCAAGUCCAGUGAACUUUUUCUCGCCAAAAGCUCCUUCCAAAGUUAUGCGAUUGAGUAGUAACACUUCAAGCCCAAUAAACAUCAAGUCAUCGGGAAAUAACACCAACCCAACAUUAACCGGAACCAUAACAAUUAGCGGUACCAAUAAGACAAACAGUAACACCGUUACUAGUAUCAUCUCAUCAAGUAACAACAACCCAACCCUGAGUACAAAUACAACUACCAAUGCCAAUAACAACGCUUCUAGUAACCAAUGGACAAGCUUAUUACAAUCAAGUUCAACCUCAUUAUCGGCCUCAUCAUUAUCUUCAUCCACUUCAUCUCCAUCAACCACAGGGAUUGCAACGACCCUCCUUAAAGGGUCAAGCAUAUCGCCGACCCGUCGAACCCGAACCGAGACUCGAAAGUGUCGGAAAGUUUAUGGUAUGGAUAAUCGAGACUCUUGGUGUACUCAAUGCAAGUGGAAAAAGGCUUGCACUCGAUUCGUUGAUUAAUCUUAUUGUGCAUCGGCCAAACAAAUAAAAAGAAAAACAAAAGAAAAUCACCCAAAGGUGAAAAAAGGAAGUGACCAUUAGCAUCUUGAUGACCAUCCCCUCCUUUGUUUCUCUCUCUCUUUCUCUAUCAUCCUGUCACAUUCUGCCUUUCCGACUAUUAUUCUUUCCCUCUCCCUCUCACUUACUCACUCUCCAGUUAAAUACUACAAAUACCAUCAUCAUCAUCGCCACAAUUUAAUUACAUAACAGAAAAAAAGAGAUUUUCUCACCUUUCUUUUGUCUUCUUCCUUCUUUCUCUCUCUCUUUUGUUUUUAUAUCAUCAUUCUCUCUCUCUCUCUUAACUUUAUCUUCUUUCAUUUUUCUGUUCACCCAACAAACUCAAUAGAUUUUUUCAUUACAUAUUAUAUUAUACAUUCAGUUAUUUUUUUUGUCUCUCUUAACGUUUUUAGUUAUCAUCUCGUUUUCGAAAUUGAAAAAAAAGUUCUAUAAAAAAAAAUUAUUGCUCACAUUUUUUUUAUUAUUUUGAUUCGAAAACUUUGCCCUCUCUCUCUCUCUCUCUCUCUCUUUAAACCCCUUCUUAUCAUCAUUGUCAUCAUCUUAUCUUCUUUUCUUCUCUUUCUUUUGCUUUGCCAUCUUAUUUUUGAUCUUCAAAAACCUCUCUUGCUCUGUGUCUUCCUUUAUACAUUAUAUUACUUUACUAUUAUUAUUAUUAUCAUCCUCAUCUUCCGCCUCCCUCAUCUUGUUCAUCAUCUUCAUCAAUUUUCGCUGAUUUCGCUUAAAUAUCGCAUCUGAAUGAUUAUUUCUGUCUUUCAGCUACCUGAGUUUCUGCACUUACACACAAACAUAUAAUUACCUCUUCUUCAACUACUAUUGUUCAUUUCAAUUCCAAAGAGAAUGAGAAUACUAAAUGAAACCAAUAAAUCUGAACUCUAUUCGUCUCCUUAUUCUCUCUCACUCUCUCGCUCUCUCACCUUGAUGAUGAGAUUACCAGAUAAGGAGGAAAAGGAAAAGAAAAGAAAACAAUUAAUCUUACUUCAAUUACCAGCGAAAAUUUUAAAUUCCAACUUGUUUCCCGCUCUUUCUUUCGUGAUCAUUUAAAGCCCAUGAAAAAAACAAUACAAUCUAACUUGAAAUUAAAAUGAAAUGCACACCAACAAACAUGAUGUUAAAAUGCCCUUUGGUUGUUUCACCUUUACCAUGAAAAAUGAUAAUAUAAUAAUAAUGAUUAACUAAUUGAAUAAUUAACAUUUAGCAUA